AUGGCCUUCAAGCUCCUCGCCCUGCUCCUGCUCGGCCUGUGCGCCGCGGCCGCCGAUGCCUCCAAGACAAAGGUGACCCUGUAUGAUGAGGCCUUGUGCCCGUUCUGCCGCAAGUACGUGAGCGAGGUGCUCGCGCCGCUGUUCGAGAACGGCCUCAGCGACUACAUCGACCUGCGCAUCGUGGCACUGGGCAACGCGCGGAAGGACGAGGAGGGGGAGCUGGUGUGCCAGCAUGGGCCCGUGGAGUGCAUUGGCAACAGAAUCCUCGACUGCGCCAUGGAUCUGCACCCGGGCCAAGACAACUGGUUCCCCCUGGUACUGUGCCUGGAGGACAGCGGCGAUUUCGGGAACAGGACGGCCGUGGAGGAGUGCGCCUGGAGGAGCGGCGUGGAUGCAGGGAGCAUUUUGGAGUGCGCUGAGGGCCCCCGGGGCAAAGAAUUGGUCGAAGCGGCCUACAACGAGACCUGGUCGCUGGUGCCUGAGCACCGGUGGGUGCCGUGGGUCGUUGUCAAUGACCUGCCGCUCUUUGACGCUGGGGACUACGUGCAGGCCGCAGUCUGCCUCAUGCUGCCAGAAGACAACAGGCCGGACGCGUGCUAUGUAGACCCGUUCCCAGACAUGGUGCUGAGUGACAUAACGCCAGUGCAGCCGCGAGCUGUCAGCCAGGAGACAGUGAUUGUGUGA